GAUAAGGUACACGUGAAGUGGAGCACUAUAAUGGUUUUCAUGUUUUGAACCUUUUCCCUUUCAAAGGAAAGACAACGGUCUCUUUUUUGUCUGAAAGCAAUACAAGAUUAAAGGGCCAACGAAAUUUGGAAUCUUGUUAAAAACAGUCACGGGAGGAAACUGCUACCAGAUGUUAAACCUCUCUACCUCUAAUCUAUAAUCACAUACACAACUUGCAUUAACUACUCUCUCACAUUAUUCAACACCAAAGUACUCAAACUCAACAAUAUCAACAUUUCCAAUCAUCACAAGCCUCCAACUUCCUCUUCAAUUCAAUUCAUCUCCCUCAUUGAUAUAUAUAAUCUCAAGACCAUUAUUAUUAGCGUGUUUGGUUUCACGUUUCGGAUGUGAUUUUAAGAAGCUAAUAGUUAUUAUAGAUUUCACGUCUCAAGCGUGAUAUCUUACUUCUGAACGAGUUUCCAAACACGCUAUACGAGAUGUUAGACCUCAAAUACAUGUGGGUGCUUGUUUCAAUCAACAGGUUCAUUCAAGACACCUUGGAAGAUGAGAAAACCAGGAAUGGUCUAAAAUUAAGAUGCACCUCCAAGUUGAGGAUUCAGAAGCAGGAAUUCUUUGAAUUCUCUGAGCAAUCAGUGUUGUCCAAUCUCUACUGGGGCAUUGACAGCAUUGAAGCUGCAAUUCAAGCUAAACAGCCAGAAGAAAGAACCUUCAGGCUAAGGAACUCAGAACAAAUGCUUCAGGUGCCAGCAAUGCUUGAUGAGGAAGAGGUCACCGCCACAAUUCCGAACCGUUACUUGGUGUGCUGCUCUUACUUUUACCUCUCAGUGGUUAGGAAGCUCCAGGGAGAUGAGUGGCAGGCAGUACUGCAUUUUCUUCAAGCAGUUUUGGUCUCACCAAAACUUGUUUGGACAGAAUUUGCAUCACAACUUUGUGAAAGUCUUUUCCCACAAUCAAGCAUCACCAUGAUGCAGAGAAACAGUAGCACUAGAAGUUUGGAAUCGGUGUCUUCUGAGGAUGAAAUGGAUGAAGCAAUUAGGGAGGUGGCAAGGAGGUACAAGGAGUGCCUUGUGUAUUACCAGGUCAUGCUUUAUGGAGAGACUCCGUGGUGGCGCAGUUAUUGCAGCAAACAAUCACCACGGUCUGUGGAUGUACCAAAUACUAGCUGUGUUUCUUCAACUUCAAUUCAACACGAACCAAGAUUGAAAAGUUGCAAUAUGUAUCACGGCAAAGAGGACCAAACAAUUUCAAGCCUCAAAUGCUUCAAAGAUAUGAUGAUAGAAACACACUCUAAAACACCGGUAUCAGGGGAUGCAUGCUAUAAGGAUUUUAGAGACAGAAAGGACUUGGAAAAUGUGGAUGACAGAAAAUUUUAUAUACAAACCACAAUAACAAAAGCAGAUGAUCUACCACCAGAAAUCUACAACUGGAAGCUACAACAACACUCUGGUUUGCCUCAAGCUCAUCAACAUCCAAUGCAAGAACAGUUGGACAAAAGAAACAUAAUUAAGUUUGAUUCUAGCAGAUUCAACAGGUCUAUAGAAGAUUUUACCUUAUCUAUCUCAAAAUACAGAGAUAAAACAGGAAAUACUCUCUUAAAUUGCCGUGUAGAGGAUGAAUUAAAUGAGGAUGCAUCGCAGCCAAAAAAAUUGUUUGAUCAUGUAACAUUUACAUCUGCUUGCAAACAUAGGCCAAGCCAGAAAAAUCAUGAAGAAAGUUCUGAGAUACAAAGAUUAUAUAGCCUAGGAAAGUUUGAUGAAGUUUGUUGUUCAAACUCCAGAAGAUAUUCCCUGCAGGACUUGUCAGAACUGACUGAAAGGAGAAUUUCAGAACUACAUUAUUCAGAGGUAUUAGGAAAAUGUGAUGAAGAAUAUACUGUAGACAUUGCAUCAAUUUAUGAGAGCUUGAUUAGUUCAUCGGGCGCUACUUAUGCUUCCUUAAAGGAUGUGAUUUUGGAUGAGCUGCUAAUAGCUAUCUCUACUUCCAAAGAAGAAAGAAAAAUAAGGGCAUCAGUAUCUAUUCUGACAACAAUAAUUUCAAGGAACAAGUCAAUUAUAGAAGACGUCAAGAAGAAAGGUUUAAGGUUGUGUGAUCUGGCAAGUGCUCUAAAACAAAAUGUCCAUGAGGCAGCAAUUCUAAUCUAUUUAAUAAAUCCUUCACCUAUAGAUAUAAAAACAUUGGAACUUCUGCCAAUAUUAGUGGAGAUUGUAUGCACUUCAAAUAGUUACAAGAAUAAGCAAGAGUCACUUCUUUUGACACCUCAUGCAGCAUCAUUGAUGAUCAUCGAAGAACUAGUAACUUCAUUUGACUAUGCCACAAAUAACAUGCAUUUGGCCACCAUCAGUUCUCCUCAUGUUCUCAGCGGAUUUUUAGAAGUUGCCAGGAAUGAUAAUCUAGAAGAAUUUUUCUCUUUAACUACUAUUCUUAUAAAAUGCAUGCAGUAUGAUGCCCAGUGCAGAAAGUAUGUGUCGCAAUUUACUCCUCUUGCUCCCUUUAUCCACCUUCUGCAAUCAGAAAACACACGCGCCAAAUGCACAGCUCUUGAAUUUUUUCAUGAAAUCCUUUGCAUACCACGAUCAUCAGCUAUUAGUCUGCUGCAGCGUAUACAGCAAGAAAGCAGCAUCAAUAUCAUGCAGAUACUAUUGCAUUGUGCACAUCAGUUACAACCUGAUCACCAGCUUUUAGCAGCAAAUAUUUUGCUUCAGUUAGACAUACUGAACUUCCCUGAUAAAGGCAUCUUCAGAGAAGAAGCAGUGCAGAUCCUUCUCAGAGCAAUGACAUCUGAAGAAAGCUCAGAACAGAUAUUAUCUACAUCCAUUCUAUCGAAUCUUGCUGGUACAUAUGCUUGGACAGGAGAACCAUACACAGCUGCAUGGUUGCUGAGAAAGACAGGCUUGACCUCUCCCUAUCACCAGAAUAUGAUAAGAAACUUCAACUGGCUGGAUCAGAGUCUACAGGAUACCAGCACAGAUUUGUGGUGCAGUAAAAUUUCCAAAUGUAUCAUAAGCCAUGGGGAUUCUGUCUUCCAUACUUUAGAGAGGGUGCUAAGAAGCAAGAUAAAGAGGGUUUCUAGAGACUGCCUUAUAGCCAUUUCAUGGCUUGGUUUUCAAAUAUCAAAAAGCCCAGACAGCAUAAGUUAUUCUGCAUCUGAGGUUAUACUAAGUGGAAUUGAGCAGUUUCUGCAUCCUGGGAUAGAGUCAGAGGAAAGGCUUCUAGCAUGCAUGUGCAUGUUUAAUUAUGCCUCUGGGAAAGGAAAGCAAAAACUAAUGCAUUUCUCAGAAGGAGUAAAGGAAUCACUAAGACGCCUUUCAAAUGUAAUUUGGAUGGCUGAGGAAUUACACAGAGUAGCCGAUUUCUUGCUGCCAAACAUAUCACGUAUUUCUUGUGUUCACACACAAAUCCUAGAGGCAGGUUGUGGCUUAAGCUUAGCAGUUUGGUCCCUCAUAUAUUUCAAGGGAUUGCUGUUCAGUGGAUAUUCAGAUGGAUCAAUCAAGGUCUGGGAUAUUAGGGGGCACUCAGCCAGUCUUGUAUGGGACAUUAAAGAGCACAAGAAGUCUGUGACAUGCUUUUCACUUCAUGAGCCGUCAGACAGCCUUUUAAGCGGUUCCACUGAUAAAACCAUAAGGGUUUGGAAAAUGAUCCAGAGAAAGCUGGAAUGUGUUGAAGUUAUAGCAUUGAAGGAACCAAUUCAUCAUUUGCGUGCACAUGGUGAAACAAUUUUUGCAAUUAGCGAAAGCCACGGAUUAAAGCUAGUUAAUGAAUCAAGAGUGACCAAAGAUAUUUUGAAAGGUAAGCAUGUGAAGUGCAUGACAGUGGCUCAAGGAAAGUUAUAUAUUGGAUGCACAGAUUCAAGCAUACAGGAGUAUUCCACAACACACAACCGUGAACUAGAAAUCAAACCCCCAACAAGGAGUUGGAGGAAGCAAAGUAAGCCCAUCAAUGCAGUAGUAGCAUAUAGAGACUGGCUCUAUAGUGCAAAUAAGUAUGUUGAAGGCACAACAUUCAAGGAAUGGAAAAGAACUAAGAAACCAAAAGUUUCAAUUUUUACGGACAAAGGAGAUAAUGUGGCGGCCAUGGAAGUGGUAGAAGACUUCUUGUACCUAAUCUCCAGCUCUUCACCAAACAACAUUCAGAUAUGGUUGAGGGGGGCACCAAAAAAGUUGGGGAGAAUAUCAGCAGGAAGCAAGAUAACAAGCAUCCUCGCAGCCAAUGACAUCAUUUUCUGUGGUACUGAGACGGGACUAAUCAAGGGCUGGAUCCCUCUGUAGAAAGAGCAACUUGCGGUUUGUAGUUGUACAUACAUAUCCUUUCAAGUUCCAACGCUUUGGCUAAGUAUUACAACAAAGAGCCUGUCCUGUAGUCAUGUUGUGAUGCCUUGAAGACUACAAAAGCCAAAGGCUUAGCUUAAGUACAAAUUUUGCAUCAAGGAUUACUAUAGUAAAUAUAUAAAUAUACAUUUUGACUGAAGACCGGUGUGAAUAGUUUUGGUUGUCUUCAGUGUACAGGAAAUGCUGUAUAUCAAAUAUCAGGGUGAUAUUAUUCCUUUCAACCAUGAGUUUGCAAAUCUGAAGCAAGAUAAUAUUCCAAAACAUAUAAUCUCUAUCUAUUAAUUUGUUAUUGUUG